UCCAAUCUUUUGGUUAUAAAAUUUUGUUCUUGUAUAUAUAUUUCUUAGCUACCAUCCACAUGCCAUGCCUGGUUUAGAUUGUUCUUAGCAAUUUUCUUGAGCUGGUGACUAUGACCCAUGUUUUAUAUAGCUUUUCUCUAUCCUUUUUUUAUAUCAUGUGAAACUAUAUAUCUUCUUUCAGUGUGUUUUUAAAGUUUCUUUCAUGAUAAAAAAGCAAUAGUUCAAAUGAAAGAGUGAAACCAACUCUCAGUUUCAAAAACCAACUGCAAAUCUCACAUGAACAUUCCCUUUUCUUUUCAUCCCACUCAAUCUUUAUGGUGUAGUGUAUGUAAAUUUUUUUAAGGUGUAUGUUUAUUGCUGUCUUUAUUAGUAGCUCACCACCACAUGACAAAUGCUGCUUGUGGUGAUUAAAGAUAAAGAGUACCCUUUUUGAGAACCUUUUUGACUAGUGCUAUAACUAAACAAAAAAAUUGGCACUUGAAGGUUCUUUUCUUCUUCAAUAGCUUCAUUAGGUUCUGUCUAGCUUUUGUUUUUCCCAAGAAAAAUUUGACCUUUAGCUUCCUUCUCUGUCUCUCUCACAUAUAUAUUAUAUAGUGUUGGGGAUUGUGAACAUAGUUUCUUUUGAUUGAUUUUGUUCCUAUAAGAUAGACAUUUUGCUUAUGUAUAACCAUGUUUAAGUUCCCUAAGUGAGUGUCUUUGUUGUGUUAGAACAUCUGGGAGCAAUGGGGAAACUUAGUUUUAGCAAGAUGUUGGAUUGUUUAUAUUUGUCUUCAGGCUCUUGUUCUUGUUUCUGUAUGAACACAUUGGAUGAUGAUGAGUUUGAAAAAACCCCAUUGGUAACAUCUGAAAAAACCCAGUUGUUGAGAUUGAAAGAUGUUGUGGCUGGCAAUCAGACCUUGGCCUUUCAGCUUAAGCCUAAGAUGGUGGUACUAAGGGUAUCCAUGCAUUGCCAUGGCUGUGCAAGAAAAGUUGAAAAACACAUUUCAAAGAUGGAUGGAGUGACCUCAUACAAAGUAGACCUGGAAAACAAAAGGGUAGUUGUUAUUGGUGAUAUAAUCCCUUUUGAAGUGCUUGAGAGUGUCUCAAAGGUUAAAAAUGCAGAGCUUUGGACAUCUCCUUCUUGAUAUGGAUGAACAAUGAAGAAGAAGAAUCUAUUUCUGUACUAUUGGAAGCCUUUAUAACAUAUAAUACCUUAUAUUUGAUAGACAUGUCAAAGCUCUUGUUGGCCUGUGUAGAGCAGAGCAAAAGGAAGAACCCUAUGCCAUUAUUCCUUAUGGAUAUAUGGAAAUAUAGUCCUUUUAAUGUAAAAAAGAAAAGUUUAAAAUUUGAGAGUAUUUGCAUCCUAUAUUCAAUCAAUAUUGUGUAAGUUCAUGCAGGUUAUGUUUUGCAAUUGCAUUUUUUUUGCUAGCAGCAAAACAAUGUUUGUAAUUGUUACUAUAAUUUUCAUGGUUGUAUUUUGUGUUA